AGCAUCGGAGAGGAACUAAACGAUUAGUUUAUGGAACUUCGUACAUAAAUCAUGCAGAGAAGUAAUGUAAUGGCUCCUUUAACAAUUAGUUUAAUCUCGAAAUUGCCCUCACAAAACCCGAAUUUCUCCUUCCCCUCCCUCUCCCCGAUCACCAUUACCUCUCAGAUCCGACACGGGCAACCGAAGUUCGUCGCCGGGGCGCGGAAGAGAGCUCGACGGAAGAAGACACCGCCGGAGCCCCUGCGCCAGGACAUGUCGGCCGCCGAUUCGAUGCCGGCGCCGUCUUAUCGGGGGGACUUGGAGAGUGACCCCUUUCUUGAUUCUAGAAUCGGUGCUGGAAAGGGGGACACCUUGACGACAGCAAAUGAUCAAGAUACCACUUAUUCAAAUAGAAAUGCUGUCCGCAAGAAGAAACAUCUUAUGAGUUCAAUCAAGUUUUUCGGGGUUGAUUUAUCCCCUGACAAUGUAGCAGUUGCAAUGGUUUAUUUUGUUCAAGGUGUUUUAGGCCUUUCAAGACUUGCCGUCAGCUUUUACUUGAAAGAUGAUUUACAUCUAGAUCCUGCAGAGACAGCUGUGGUAUCUGGUUUCUCUGCAUUGCCGUGGCUUGUGAAACCUCUUUACGGAUUUAUUAGUGAUUCUGUCCCACUAUUUGGUUACCGGAGGAGAUCAUACUUGGUUUUAUCAGGGCUUCUUGGAGCUCUUUCGUGGAGUUUGAUGGCUACCUUUGUUGACGGCAAGUAUGGUGCAGCUUUCUGCAUACUUCUUGGUUCUCUCUCUGUUGCCUUUUCAGAUGUUGUUGUAGAUUCCAUGGUUGUUGAGCGAGCUCGUGGCGAGUCACAGAGCAUGUCGGGAUCCCUUCAAUCCCUAUGUUGGGGUUCAUCGGCCUUUGGAGGUGUCGUUAGCUCCUAUUUUAGUGGCUCCCUUGUGGAGUCUUAUGGCGUAAGGUUCGUGUUUGGUCUUACAGCAUUGUUACCCCUUAUAACAUCUGCCGUCGCUGUUCUCGUAAGAGAACAACCUAUCAUUGGUUCCAAUAGAGGACAAAAUCUUCUCUUUGCAAGCUCGGGUUUUCUCGAGACCUCAAAACAGAACAUUAGUCAGCUUUGGGGUGCUGUGAGGCAGCCCAAUGUGCUUCUCCCCACACUCUUCAUUUUCCUUUGGCAGGCAACUCCACAAUCAGACUCUGCAAUGUUUUACUUCACAACCAACAAACUUGGUUUCACAGCAGAAUUUCUAGGACGAGUGAAGCUCGUAACUUCGAUUGCUUCGCUGCUUGGUGUUGGGUUGUAUAAUGGGUUCCUGAAGAAAGUUCCUCUCCGGAAGAUAUUUCUUGCAACGACCAUAAUAGGUUCAGCUCUCGGGAUGACACAAGUUUUCCUCGUGACUGGCUUAAACAGACAGUUUGGUAUAAGUGAUGAAUGGUUUGCUAUUGGGGAUUCCUUGAUCAUCACUGUUCUUGGUCAGGCUUCCUUCAUGCCCGUGCUUGUGUUGGCGGCAAGACUAUGUCCCGAGGGAAUGGAGGCGACCCUUUUUGCCACUCUGAUGUCCAUAUCCAAUGGUGGGAGCGUCCUUGGUGGUCUAAUCGGGGCUGGGCUCACACAGCUGUUUGGGGUAACCAAGGACACCUUUGACAACUUAACCUUCUUAAUUGUACUCUGCAACCUCAGCUCGUUACUGCCUCUUCCACUCCUCGGCCUUCUUCCCCAGGAUAGCGAGGAUGAAGAUGCUUCAAGUGAGGAUGAAGACAUUGAGAUGAAGUCUAACUGAGCCAUCUAUGUAUCAUUUUCGACUAAAUACUGUACUUGACGGUAGAUAGGACAGGGAGUCGGAAUGUAAAUAUGAGGAUGUCUGUGAAUCGUUCUGCUUUCCAAAUAAUUUAUGCAAUGAGACAGACUAUAUUCCGGAUACA